AUGGUCGUGCACUUGAAAGAAAAGACCCCCCGGACCCUCACAGACCCCCCGGACCCUCUCAGACCCCCCGGACCCUCUCAGACCCCCCGGACCCUCUCAGACCCCCCGGACCCUCUCAGACCCCCGGACCCCCCUCUCAGACCCUCUCAGACCCCCCGGACCCUCUCAGACCCUCUCAGACCCCCCGGACCCUCUCAGACCCCCGGACCCUCUCAGACCCUCUCAGACCCCCCGGACCCUCUCAGACCCUCUCAGACCCCCCGGACCCUCUCAGACCCUCUCAGACCCCCCGGACCCUCUCAGACCCCCGGACCCUCUCAGACCCCCCGGACCCUCUCAGACCCUCUCAGACCCCCCGGACCCUCUCAGACCCUCUCAGACCCCCCGGACCCUCUCAGACCCCCGGACCCUCUCAGACCCCCGGACCCUCUCAGACCCCCGGACCCUCUCAGACCCCCCGGACCCUCUCAGACCCCCGGACCCUCUCAGACCCCCGGACCCUCUCAGACCCUUGAUGACCCCGUUGACCCCCGGACCUGCCUCAUCUGUGGCGACCGAGCGACGGGUCUUCACUAUGGCAUCAUCUCGUGCGAAGGCUGCAAAGGUUUCUUCAAACGCAGCAUCUGCAACAAACGCGUUUAUCGCUGCAACCGCGACAAGAACUGCGAGAUGUCCAGGAAGCAACGCAACCGCUGCCAGUACUGCCGCCUGCUCAAGUGCCUGCAGAUGGGGAUGAACCGGAAAGCGAUCAGAGAAGACGGGAUGCCAGGAGGACGCAACAAGAGUGUGGGGGCUGUCCAGUACCUCUCCCAAGGACUCCAAGAAGGCCCAGAUGCAGAGGCCCAGGUGCUGAGGCUCAGGAGCUGA